AGAAUUUUCAAUGCGCAGUUCUACUCUGAAGACUAAAACUCCUACCAGUUAUUCUUCACUCAGCAUAUCUUACCAGCUAUUUAAAACCACCAAUGCCACAUGCAGCAGGUCAAAAAUAGUCUGCCUUUCAGGACUUGAAACUUGCCCAGGCCACAAGGAUACCAUAGUGGAGGUAUAUGCUAAAAAGACAAGGACUAUACCCAGAGAAGAGGAGAGCAAACACUGAGGAUAAUGUAAAUAUUCUGCUUCGUCUGACUCGUUGUAUCUAGUGCAUUUGUUUUAUAGGCUUGUAAAGCAUUUCACGUAUCUUGUUUUAUUUAACUUGUAUAAAGAACUGUCAAAAUGGCAGCUGUUUUUGGUCAGUUUAUGGAAUUUCACUCAGUUCAUGGGACAAAUGUGAAACUGGACCCCUCGAGGACUCAGGCCACGCGAGUAGAAAGCUUUGCAAAUGGCGUCUGCUUCAGUAAAGACCCUUUAAGCCCAGGCGAGAUCUUCCUAGUGGAGAUUGAAGAGAAAGAACUGGGUUGGUGUGGUCAUUUAAGGAUUGGACUUACCGCCCUUGACCCACGAACACUGGAAACUGUGCCAGAAUACUCUCUGCCCGAUCUUGUGGAAAUGGGAGACAGCUGGGUGUUCGCAAUAACAAGAAACCACAACAAAGUCAUUGAGGAUGGAGGAGAAGAGGGUGGCGAACAGCCAAAUAUAGAUGAUGAGGCAGGAAACAAGCCUAGAACAUUUUUUACAGACACUCAUCUGUAUGUAGAAAACAUGAGCAUACCAAGAGACAAGUUGGUGGGACGCAGUCGACCGGGGAGGUACAGUCACAUCCUGGAUGAUCUGUACAAAACCAAUGCUUUACCCCCAACUGCCCGCCGCAGUCGGAUAGGGGUUGUCCAUGUACCUAAGGGACAAGGGUAUGGCGACAUGCACAUUAUCAUCAAUGGUGAGGAUAUGGGAGCCUCUGCCAAGAGGAUCCCCACUGAUAAGCCACUGUAUGCUGUUGUGGAUGUAUUUGCAGCUACUAAAUGUGUUCGGAUUGUCCAGGUGGAAUAUGGCUUUUCUUCAUUGCAGACGCUCUGCCGAAAGACAAUUCAGAAACACAUCAUUCACAGAAUGGCUUUGGACUGGUUGGAACUUCCGGAGUUACUUAAACACUAUUGCAAAUAUGAAUGAGCAAAACCCAUCAUCUGGGUAGAUGCAGAAAAGACUUUUAAGGCGGCGAGUCGUCAGAAUGUUGUUUUUUUCUCUCCCUUUUGAAUGUCAACUGAACAAUUUAAUAAAUGUUCCUCAAGCUCAAGCUUUGUAGAUGCAAAUUAUUACAUCAAGAGUGGCAUGAGCAUUUAAUAAUUUAAAUUACUAUAUUUUGGUACUGUGAUACGUUUUAGGAUUUUGAAUAUAAGCAUAUAUGAAAACAUUAUGUAAAAUUUGUGAUUAAGAAUAAGAAAAAUUAUAUACUGUAUAAUGAAUAACAUUUAUGUUAUAUACUGUAUAGUGAAUAAGAGAUAGUUAUGAUUCUUCACUAUUUCUUGGUAUCCGAACCUCUUUUCACUUGUAGUCUGCAACUUUAGUCCUAUACUGUUUUUUUUUUUGUUUUGUUUUGUUUUUUUAACGUGGAUGUUGUUUAAGAACAUUUCAUGGAACAUUUCAGCAUCCAUGAUUUAGCCUGUUAUAACUUUAUUAUUAAUUGAUAUAGAAUGUAUAAUUUUGACCUGUAUUCAUUAAAAUAUUGAUUUAUAUGUUUAUCCUUAGUUCACAAUUGUGUCUGGACAUUUCUUUAUAUGUUUAAUACAUGAUAAUAUGUUUGUAAAAUGUUAAUAUAAAAAGUGUUC